AUGAGUGUGGAAUCGGCUGGCCUAGUCCCCGAAUCGGGGUCACAAAAACUUUGCGGGGACAAAUUUGAUGCGGAUGAUUCGUCUAGCUGGACCGGGGAUGAAAACAGUGCGGAUGUGGGCGGGAACGAUUCGAAACAGUCUGAUCUGGGAGGUGAUCAGACUUCAGACAGUGAGGAAUUCACCUAUUUGAAUCCCACGACCGAUUCGAAACGCACCCGAACUGCCUACACCCGACAGCAGAUAUUGGAAUUGGAAAAAGAAUUUCACUUCAAUAAAUAUUUGACUAGAAAACGUCGUUUGGAGAUCGCGCACACAUUAACGCUGUCAGAGAGACAGAUCAAAAUUUGGUUUCAAAACAGACGUAUGAAAUGGAAAAAAGAGCAUCAUUUACCGGGAAUGAAGCAACGUCUAAUUGAACCACGUUCCCCCAUCACGUCUCGAUCACAUUUGUGUCCGACCAUACGGAACACUUUUAUCAGUUGUAACAUACUUGAAAAAUCAGACCAACACCUACAGACACACAACACACACGCACUUACUAAAUAG